AUGCUGACCUUGAAGUAUUUGAAACGCAAUUGGGAGUUCCUGGCAGCGGCAUUUGUCGUGAUCUACUUUGUGUUCUUGCAGGUGUUUUUCGAGAAGCAAGAUUUGGGGAACUCAAUUCGCGUAAUUCCUCAAGACGUGAUUAAUGCUUACCCACAACAAGAUGGGAAGUUUGCUUACAUGCAAUAUGCUACUAAUAAGCAAUAUCUUGAACUAGCCAUCAACAACUUUAUUGUGUUAGAACGUUCAGGCUCAAGAAUAGCUGAUAGAGUCAUUAUUGUCAAACUGAGUGUCCGCAAGGAUCCGGGGUACUCAAAAUUCCAGGCUCAGGCGAAGGAAAAUGGUAUAAAAUUGGUUGUAGUUCCCGCAAUUGAGAUCAGUGGAACCCAGAGUCCUGAGUGGGCAGACUCAUUCACCAAAUUUCAUAUUUUUGGGCAGACUCAGUAUGACAGAGUUGUGUAUUUUGACGCAGAUUCGAUGUUUGUGGGUGCUGAAAAGGCGGAGAAUGGCUUUAAAAACGUUCCUAAACACAUUGAUGAGCUUUUUAAUAUCCCAAAAUCUUUUGAUAUUGCUCUUCCACAGGCUUAUUGGGUAACCAAUGAUGAUGUAAAACCACCAAGGGGCACUCAAUUACCAUCGCAAAACGACUACGAAAGGUCUGUUCGUCAAGCAGUGUAUGCUACCAAGAAAGGUGAAGACUCGUUUUCUAUGCUUCCAAAGCUAUUGUUUCCUGGUCAUAAAUUUGAAAACAGAGCCAAUUUCUUUGCUAGUCAUGUCAUCGUAUUCACACCUUCUUCCAAGUUGUUCAAGACUUUGAAAAAGUAUGUGCACAAUCCCUGGUUGUGGCUGAUCUUUAGUCGUCAACGCUUAAGACAACCUGAGGAUUAUGAUAUGGAAAUUAUCAACCGGUACCUCGAUGAAACUCUUCGCAAAAACCGGGCCAUGAGAAUUGGAAUCUUGCCUCACCAGGUCUAUGGCGUGCUCACAGGCGAAUUCAAGGAAUUGUACCAUCGUCGGUUUGUUGCUAGACCAGAAGAAUUGCCAUUCGUAGACAAGUUUUCCAAUGAUGGUUGGAAUGCUACCGAUGCGCUUCUUUCAUUGAAAAUGAUCCACUUUUCUGAUGCUCCGAUUCCCAAGCCUUGGCAGAAGCAAACCAAUCACGACUACUAUAAUGCCUACAAAAUUUACUGCUACGAUGAAUCGUUCGACCCGGAAACCUACCACCAAAUGUACCCAGAUGCCAAGCCUCGCCUUACAUCUGAUUGCGAAAGUGUGAACAUAUGGAACUGGUUUAUGGCCGAGUUUCACCGCCAAGUGUAA